AUGAUCACGAGGCGACAACUCCUUGAACAAUGUCAUACAAAUUGUUCGGAGAUGGUUUUAACGAAUCUAAACCCAGUCAAUGUGGCUGAAUUAAGGUUUGCUUCAAGUUUUGUUCUGGGUGUGAAUUCGCAGAGGAAACACUUUCGACUUUUCUUCCACGAUCGAGCAAUUUCUAAGACAAGUAGUAUGACUAGAAACGAUAAUCAAGAUGCAUCUAGCAAAAAUACAUUCAAGACUUUUGACAACGAUAGUCUGGCAACUUGGUCAGAUCUUCACCAUGAUAUACUUUUUUUAGUCAUGAUGCAACUCGGAGUUCUUGAUUUUACUCCAUUCAGUGGAGUUUGCAAGUGGUGGAGGUCAUUGGCAAUUUCUAACAAGAGCAAGUUUAUGGAGACUAGACCACUCACAUUUAUAUCUAUCCCUACCGAGUCUAAUGAGGAAGACUACUGCUACUACUUAGAGGACAUUGAAGAAAGAAGCUUCACUUCCAUCCUUCCUCAUUCUGGUGGGAGGACAUGUGUUGGUUUUACUUGUGAUCACUUGAUCUUGUUUGGAAGUAAAACUAACGAUUUAUGGCUUCUUGAUCCUAUCACUAGGCAUGGAAUUCAUUUCCCUGAUAUCCCUUCUUCAGUAAGUGUUGAUCCAAAAAGAAUCAAGGAUUUCCUUGUCUUUUCACCUUCAAUGUCUAGGUGGGUGUUUGUUAUGACAGAUGGAUCCACGAAUAUAUGGUUUUCUAUAUCGGGUCAAGGCGAAUGGAAUCAUGUCUCAUCAACUUUUCCUAUUCUUGAUUUACAUGUUUUUAAGGGAAAGACGUAUGCAAUAGACAACUCUCGUCAUUUAUAUGAACUGACACUUAGUCCAGAGCCCAAAUUGACGUUACUUGAAACCGAGAAUUUUCCGAUAUUUUCCGAACAUAACUUCUUCACAAGCACGCAUGAUAGUCUUAUUUUGUCUGGAAAAAUGUCUGAACGUCAUUGCACAGCUUACAAACUAGAUUUUGAAGAAAUGAAAUGGGUGUUAUAUAAGACAUGUAAAGGAGGGGGGGAAUGCAUUCAUAGCAAAUUGAGGCGUAGUGCUGCUGUUAAACAUGGAAAAGUCGAGGUUUAUUUUUUGCAACUUAUGGUAUACCCUGUGAUUGUUUGA